AUGUCCCAGCCUCGCACCAGCCCGGAUGGGUCCAGCAGGAGUCUUCCCCGCGAAGGUCCUGGCCUCAGUUACUGGCAGCGCACUACACGCGCAUUCCCUCAUCUCUUCGCCAAUCGAGAAACUCCACUCCCACCAACCAGCAAAUAUGUGGUCAUUGGCUCUGGUAUCUCUGGUGGCCUGACCGCGUUCGAGUUGAUAGAGACUGGCGCAAAGGCCGAGGAUAUCAUCAUUCUCGAAGCGCGAGAAGCCACCAGCGGAGCCAGCUCCCGAAAUGCUGGCCACGUAAGGCCAGAUGCAUUCCGGGGUUUCGCUGCCUAUUCCAAGGUCCAUGGUGCUGAACAAGCGCUGAAAAUCAUCCAGAAUGAGCGGCUCGUACUCGAGAAGGUCGCUCAAUUCGUGAAAAGACACAACGUCCAAUGCGAUUUCGAUUUGACAACCACUUUCGACGUUUGUAUGACUCCGGAGUUUGCGAAAUAUGAAGCCGAAAGUCUCGAGGCGUACAAGGAGGCGGGUGGGGAUUCUUCUCACAUCAAAUAUUAUGAAGGGAAAGAGGCGCAAGAAAAGACGAAAAUCCCUGGUGCUAUCGCGGCGUACGAAUGGCCUGGUGGCUCAAGUCAUCCCGCGAAGCUCGCACAGUUCCUUCUAAGAUCCGUGAUUGACCAAGGGGCUCAGCUUUUCACAUUCUGCCCUGCGAUCAAGGUCGAGAAAUCUUCCUCGUCGUCUGAGUUGUGGGAUGUCCACACCACCCGCGGAGUCGUGAAAGCCGAAAAAGUCAUACAUUGUACAAAUGCGCAUGCCGCGCUUCUUCUCCCACAAUUAGAGUCUUACAUUCGACCAAAUCGAGCCCAGGCCCACACUUUGAUCCCUCCUCCAGCCCUCGCCGCCACGGAAUCUCUCCAGAGUACAUUUUCUCUCCGCUAUAGUCUUCAUCAUUUCUACUCGCUUAUUCAACGCAAGGAUGAUGGCACACUUGUUCUUGGUGUUUCCAGAACAAAUCCUACACUGAGCGAAAAGACUGUGGCAUCCCGCUUCAGCACCGACGACAGUCGAUUCAACGAGGAAAUUGCCGAAGAUGCGUUGCAGAGUUUCGGAGACAUCUUCCCACAAUAUGCCUCCAAGUCUUUCGUGCAUGGCGAAGGCCUUGAUCAUUCUUGGACGGGAAUCAUUGCAAUGACAACUGACUCGGUGCCCUUUGUUGGCGCUAUCGAGUCACUCCCAGGGCAAUACAUUUGUGCUGGGUUUAAUGGACAUGGAAUGGCUCGUAUAUUCACAUGUGCCCCUGGCGUUGCGAGGCUGGUUUUCCAGGGAGACUGGAAGGAUACUGGGUUGCCGGAAUGCUUCCAAUUUACCCCCGAAAGGCUUUCAAGGCUGUCUGCAGGGACAUGCCGUCGAUUU